AUGAGCGAUAGCGAUAGUGAUUUUGGAGACUUUGCGGGCGGUGAUGAGGAGGGUUUCUCCCAAAGCUCUUCAACGGAUGCAUUUUUGGAUGUUUUGCUGGGCCCCGCGCAAGAAAUUAAAGCACAAGUGGAUGAGUCUCAUGUUCUAGCGGAGCUUGUGGAGGAAGAAAGACCACGAGUGGUCUACGAGCAUCUAGUGCUAUGGGAUACACAUUUGCAGCCAUUUGCAUGGCGCCGCUCGCAUUUGAGAGCGCUGCUGUUGAAAACGCUGCAGAUCGAAGAGCCACACGAGGAGCCUGUAGGCGUCAGGGCACUCGAUGAUAGCCUUUUUGUAAAGAUCAUGGGCAAUCUGAGCGAGAAUGAGAAGACUAUUGACGCUGGAAGUAUUACUGCGAGUCUUGGCCUGCUCCCCGUUGCAAAAGAUGUAAAAAGUGAGCCACGGCCUUGCAACGAACUCACAGCACUGAAACUUGACAUACUGGAUGCGAAUGAACUGGAGAGUAUACAUGAUGAGCUUCUAUGCGUGAUAGACCGCGUAUAUCAUGAUUUGCGCGAGCAAUUGGCUCUGCAAAAUGAGCUAGAGGCUGACAAGACCACAUUUGAGGAUGUGGUCACCAACUUGGUGGGACACACACAACGGUUGCGGCGUGACGAGAUAGCUGCUUAUAACAAGAAGCAUGGACGCAGUUCCAAACAUGGCAGAAAAUUCAGGUGGGUACGAUAG